GUUUGUAGCUUGCGUAGAAACAAGACGGAGAGCAUACGAAGAGAAAAAAAGAUAUAUCGAGAGUCCUUCAUAAAUUUUCCCGACAAUUUUUCCCAAUGUGUACUACAAGCAUUUUUCUCAAGUGUUUAUAUCGGUUUUGGAUGCAGUCCAAGGAAAUUUGGAAAAAGUGAUUUAUAACAGAAAUUCAACGAGGGUGAAAGGAUUAUGUGAUAAAUACGUACUCAAAUCGGAGGGAAAUUCAUGUUGGAAAGGAAAAUUAACGUAAUAAGAAGAAAUAGAAAAGACGGAAAAGUGUUUGCGUUCGCGCUCGAUUACUGAAAAUUACUUUGGAUGAGUCAUCCCCAUACAUGACUGCUGGCUUCCUCCUCAUCUCUGCAAGAAAAGCUUGUGCUUGUGAUAUUGUUGUUGCGGUCAUGACAUGCCUAUUCAGUGUUUCGUUGCUAUCAACAUAAAAUCCGUACAUUUUCCCCGAGUUUAUAAUAACACAUCAGAAACACAACAUUUGCGUGUACGAAUCAAGAGGGACGAGUGUGGCAUACAAUAGAAAAUAAUUAAAAAUAUAGAAGCAUACGCACUACGUACAGUGGCAUUUUCGGCUGUGAUAUAUCUGCGGAAUAAUUAGAUUAGUCAGCUCCAAAUUUUAAGGAGAAUAAAUACGUAACGUGAAGUAACGUCGCGAAGAGUAUCUAAUUCAUACGUACCAUAAUAAGUAUUAAAAAAGUGCUUUGGAAUCAUCUUUUGCUGUGCUUUUAGGAUAGUCGCCACUAUUACGCUUUCUUCUUUUUUAUACACGCAUACCCCAAUGUUAAAUUGAUAAUUUAUUUGCUGCCUGAAUUGCUACUUCCCAUGUUAUCAAGUGUGAAUAGUUCACCGCGUGUUCGUUCGUUGCUUACCACUCAAACCGCCCUGUUUCGUCUUUAUAUUCAAUGAAAAUCUACGUGUGCUAAUUAAAGUUAUAAACAAGAUAAGAUUUAAGAUAUGUACAACAUAACCGCGUCACAAUAACAUUUAAUCACCGGCAAAGUCGUGAAGCGGUGCCAUAGCGUAACGUCUAUUUUGGGAAGAGAAUAAGUUUUGAAUGAUGUCUAAAGUGAUUAACGAUUAUCGAAUUCGUAAAAUCGAAAGUAUUGGCAAAAUGACGCAAAUGACACAGGAUGAAAUCAUUAGCAACACAAAAACAGUCCUUCAAGGACUCGAAGCCCUUCGUGUUGAGCAUAUGUCCUUGAUGGCGGGCUUAGCCGAAGCCCGCCGUGACAAUGAGAAAACCGAAAUCGUACAGAAAAACAUGGAAAGUAUUGAACUCGGUUUGGGCGAAGCACAAGUUAUGAUGGCUUUAGCCUCACAUCUUCAAAACAUCGAAGCUGAAAAACAAAAACUGAAAACACAAGUGCGACGUCUAUAUCAAGAGAAUGCAUGGCUUAGAGAUGAAUUGGCAAAUACACAACAGAAAUUCCAAGCAUCCGAACAGAUGGUAGCACAAUUAGAAGAGGAAAAGAAACAUUUAGAAUUCAUGGCCUCAGUUAAAAAAUACGAUGACAACCAAGAACAGGAGGAGAACAAUGAAAAAUCGAGAGCAGAUCCAGUUGUUGAGCUAUUUCCAGAGGAAGAGCAUGAUGAACGUAAUAAUAUGUCACCAACACCACCCAGUCACUACGCCAAUCAGGCGAACUCAGGCUAUGAGAUCCCAGCACGAUUGCGUACACUGCACAAUUUGGUCAUCCAAUAUGCCUCGCAAGGAAGGUACGAGGUGGCAGUUCCACUCUGCAAGCAAGCUCUUGAAGAUUUAGAGAAAACCAGUGGACAUGAUCAUCCAGAUGUUGCUACAAUGUUGAACAUUCUUGCACUUGUAUACAGAGAUCAGAAUAAAUACAAAGAAGCCGCAAAUCUCCUAAACGAUGCUCUCUCAAUUCGUGAAAAAACACUGGGUGAAAAUCAUCCAGCCGUUGCUGCUACACUAAACAAUUUGGCUGUGCUUUAUGGUAAACGUGGUAAAUACAAAGAGGCCGAACCCCUAUGCAAGCGAGCUUUAGAAAUUCGUGAAAAAGUUCUGGGCAAAGAUCAUCCAGAUGUCGCAAAACAAUUAAACAAUUUAGCGUUGCUUUGUCAAAAUCAGGGAAAAUAUGAAGAAGUCGAAAUGUACUAUCAACGAGCAUUGGAAAUUUAUGAAACAAAAUUGGGUCCAGAUGAUCCCAAUGUCGCAAAAACGAAAAACAAUUUGGCCAGUUGCUAUUUGAAACAGGGAAAAUAUCCAGAAGCGGAAAUUUUGUACAAACAAGUUUUGACCCGAGCACAUGAACGGGAAUUUGGAGCGAUUGAUAGUAAAAAUAAACCCAUUUGGCAGGCGGAGAAUUUUCCGUUCGUAGACCUCUCAUAUCUGUAUUCAGUAGUGGCCGAAGAACGUGAAGAAAAUAAAUAUGAAAAUCGUGAAAAUACUCCAUACGGUGAAUAUGGCGGUUGGCAUAAAGCUGCUAAAGUUGACUCACCUACAGUUACGACAACGCUAAAAAAUCUUGGAGCCCUUUAUCGGCGACAGGGUAUGUAUGAGGCGGCUGAAACCCUUGAAGAUUGUGCAAUACGAAGUAAACGUGAAGCAUUGGAAUUAGCAAAACAACCAAAAGUUAAUCAAUAUUUAAGUGGUGGUGAUAGACAAAGAUCACGAUCGCGACAUCUUAAAGAUGAAACGGAAAGUUCGGAAAAAGAUGAGAAACGAUCCAGACCGUAAGAUAGUGCAUAAGGUGCAAGUGAUUUCAACAUCCCAGUAACAGCAACUUUACAUAACACACACACACACAACACUAGAAUAAAAUGAUUUUACACAAAUCGAAAAUCUCGAUGAAUCAAAUAACAGAGAAAAAUGCAAUAAAAUAAGAACUAGCCGACAUUUUGAAGCUGAGCUUUCAUAAAUAAGUCUAAAGUGAAAACAUAUUAAGACGUUCCAUAACGAAACCACACGAGUUUUGAUGUCAACAUUUCGGAACUAAAAAAAAACAUCAUUAAAUACUUUAACGUUAUCUAGUAAGCUGAAAACUAAAUAUGCUACGGUUCAGUUGAAUCAAAUUUAUUGUCAUUGAUAAGGUUUUUAUGAAUAGGAAAUACAUAUUUAUUGCUUUUAACAAAUUAGAUCCACGAUUUCAACAGCGCAGUCACCAACUUCGGCAAAUUUUAUGUUGUUCGUUUUGUUUUACUUUUUUUAAGAUUGUAUUUUAAUCUGGUGUAUUGUAUUUAAUAAUGUUAAGUAAAAAGUAAAUUACAUUCAAAAUUAAACGAAAAUCUUUUCUUUAAAAAAACGAAAGCCAACACAUCUAAAUUGCAUGUUUAUGCAGCACAUUCUCCAACUCGUACGCAAUUUAAACGAAAAUAACACAUGAAAUGGAAGAGUAUAUUCUGCCAGCUUAAUGUGUGAUUCAUAUGAAUAUUUCAAUGUUUGCUUUGGAAUCUGGAUUCUAACCGGGCAGAAACGAAACAAAAAACAAUAACCAAAAAAAAAUUCACAAAAUACAACUUUUAAAGAUCGAAAAAAAAAUAAUUUUUAACGAAUUAUUGUAUUUACUCCUCAUAUUUUUUAUUGCAUAGUUUUUUUAUACAAAUAAAAAUCUUACAUUUUGACAAACAUUUUUUUCUUUAUCAUCAAAUUAAAUUAUUAGAAUGAUUGUUAUCCAAUGGUAAUCGCGCGCUAGAUCAAUAAUAUAUGCAUCAGAACAAAACAAAUGGUCGCAAUUGCAAUAAUAAUUUAUUUAACUAAGUAAAUAAAAAAAGGGCAUUGCUAUUACAUGGAAGAAUAAUAAUUGAAAAUCAAACUGAAAUAUUUUACUAUUUGAACAUGUUGCUUGAUUAUUAUUUUAAGACAGAAACGAACAAUGAUGACAACAGGAACCUAAAUGGUGAAUUGCAUGCAGCGGGGUUUGGAGGCAUGGAAAGUAAGAUAAAGAGCGAAUCAGCAAGAACAACAACAACAAAUGCACUUUUGUAUCAGAAAUAAAUUUAAGCAUAAUAGUUAAAACGAAGGAGACGAUUAUAUGUGAGAGCAGAGAUAAGAUGGUCAAUAAAAUUGUAUAUUUAUGCUUAACA